UUCCGGCCGGUUUGGAGCCAUUGCAGACAACCUGGGGAAGGCGGACGAAUGGAUCCCGGAGGCCGGUGGCUGAACCUGCCCAGCGGGCCUAGCCUGAAGCACUUAACCGAGCCCUCUUACGGGAUCCCGCGGGAGCAGCAGAAGCCGGCCCUGCAGGAGCUGACGAGCGCGCACGUGGAAUCCUUCAACUACGCAGUGCGCGAGGGGCUCAGCCACGCGGUGCAGGCUAUACCUCCCUUUGAAUUUGCUUUUAAAGAUGAACGUAUCUCUCUUACUAUUGUGGAUGCUGUUAUCAGUCCACCCACAGUUCCAAAAGGGAGCAUUUGCAAAGAGCUCAACGUCUACCCAGCAGAAUGCCGAGGCCGAAGGAGUACCUACCGGGGAAAGCUGACAGCUGAUAUCAGCUGGGCAGUGAAUGGAGUUUCAAAAGGAAUCAUUAAACAAUUUCUUGGUUAUGUUCCCAUCAUGGUGAAGUCGAAGCUUUGCAACUUAUACAACCUUCCUCCAAAAGCUCUUAUUGAGCACCAUGAAGAAGCAGAGGAAAUGGGAGGUUAUUUUAUCAUCAAUGGCAUCGAAAAGGUCAUCCGAAUGUUAAUUAUGCCUCGAAGAAAUUUUCCCAUUGCAAUGAUAAGACCAAAAUGGAAAAACAGAGGCCCUGGCUAUACACAGUAUGGAGUUUCAAUGCACUGUGUGAGGGAAGAACAUUCCGCCAUCAAUAUGAACCUUCACUACCUGGAAAAUGGCACUGUCAUGUUGAACUUUAUUUACCGAAAGGAAUUGUUUUUUCUUCCUUUGGGAUUUGCACUUAAGGCACUUGUCAACUUCUCCGAUUACCAGAUUUUUCAGGAGCUGAUCAAAGGAAAAGAGGAUGACUCUUUCUUCAGGAAUUCUGUUUCUCAGAUGUUAAGGAUUGUAAUGGAAGAAGGGUGUUCUACACAAAAGCAGGUCCUUAACUAUCUAGGCGAACGUUUCAGAGUAAAACUCAGUCUUCCUGACUGGUAUCCAAACGAACAGGCUGCAGAGUUUCUAUUUAACCAGUGCGUCUGUAUUCACUUGACAUCCAAUACAGAGAAGUUUUAUAUUCUUUGCCUCAUGACUCGGAAGCUCUUUGCAUUAGCCAAAGGGGAGUGCAUGGAGGACAAUCCUGACAGUUUGGUGAAUCAAGAAGUUCUUACACCUGGUCAACUCUUCCUCAUGUUUCUGAAGGAAAGAAUGGAAGCUUGGUUAGUAUCUAUUAAAAUAGCUAUAGACAAGAAGGCUCAGAAGACCGAUGUGUCUAUGAACAGUGAACAUUUGAUGAAGUUUUUUAAUCUGGGAACAGACCUUACAAAACCAUUUGAAUAUCUUCUUGCUACUGGGAAUCUACGUUCUAAAACAGGUCUUGGUUUCCUGCAAGAUUCUGGACUCUGUGUGGUGGCUGACAAGUUGAACUUCAUCCGCUAUCUCUCCCAUUUCCGCUGCGUGCACAGAGGGGCUGACUUUGCCAAGAUGAGGACCACCACAGUACGCAAGCUUCUCCCAGAGUCCUGGGGCUUCCUUUGUCCUGUGCACACUCCAGAUGGGGAGCCCUGUGGUCUGAUGAACCACUUAACUGCCAUAUGUGAGGUCGUUACACAGUUUGUGUAUACAGCAUCCAUUCCAGCUUUGCUCUGCAACUUGGGGGUCACUCCAGUUGAUGGUACCCCACACAAGCCGUACAGCGAGUGCUACCCUGUCCUGCUGGAUGGUGUCAUGGUGGGCUGGGUGGAUAAGGAACUUGCUCCUAGCAUUGCAGAUUCUCUCCGACAUUUUAAGGUAUUGAGAGAAAAAAGAAUUCCUCCUUGGAUGGAGGUGGUUCUUGUUCCCAUGACAGGAAAACCAAGCCUGUACCCAGGAUUGCUCCUUUUUACCACUCCGUGUAGACUGGUGCGGCCUGUGCAGAACCUAGAAGUAGGCAAAGAAGAGCUGAUUGGAACUAUGGAACAGCUCUUCAUGAACAUUGCUAUCUUUGAGAAUGAGAUAUUGGCUGGAAUUUCCACCCACCAGGAACUUUUCCCUCAUAGCAUGCUGAGUGUUAUUGCCAACUUCAUCCCUUUCUCUGAUCAUAAUCAGAGUCCAAGAAACAUGUACCAGUGCCAGAUGGGUAAACAGACUAUGGGCUUUCCACUUCUCACUUAUCAAGACAGAUCAGAUAAUAAGCUGUAUCGUCUUCAAACUCCACAAAGCCCUUUAGUGAGACCAUGUAUGUAUGAUUAUUAUGACAUGGAUAAUUAUCCAAUUGGGACAAAUGCGAUUGUUGCUGUGAUUUCUUAUACUGGCUAUGAUAUGGAAGAUGCCAUGAUCUUGAAUAAGGCCUCUUGGGAACGAGGCUUUGCCCAUGGAAGUGUUUACAAGUCUGAGUUCAUAGAUCUCUCUGAAAAAAUCAAGCAAGGUGAUGAUAGUCUGGUGUUUGGAGUCAAACCUGGAGACCCAAGAAUCUUGCAGACAUUGGAUAAUGAUGGUUUACCAUUUAUUGGAACACAACUACAGUAUGGAGAUCCAUAUUAUAGCUACCUAAACCUCAACACAGGGGAAAGUUUUGUGACAUACUAUAAGAGUAAAGAAAAUUGCAUUGUGGAUAAUAUCAAAGUAUGCAGUAAUGACUCUGGAAGUGGAAAAUUUAAGUGUGUUUGUAUUACAAUGAGAGUCCCUCGAAACCCAACUAUCGGAGAUAAAUUUGCCAGUCGUCAUGGGCAAAAGGGCAUCUUGAGCAGACUGUGGCCAGCUGAGGACAUGCCAUUUAGUGAGAGUGGAAUGGUCCCAGACAUUCUGUUCAAUCCUCAUGGUUUUCCAUCUCGUAUGACCAUCGGUAUGUUAAUUGAGAGUAUGGCAGGAAAGUCUGCAGCUUUGCAUGGCCUCUGCCAUGAUGCCACACCCUUCAUCUUUUCAGAGGAGAACUCAGCCUUAGAAUAUUUUGGUGAGAUGUUAAAAGCUGGUGGCUACAACUUUUAUGGAACCGAGAGAUUGUACAGUGGCAUCAGUGGGAUAGAACUGGAGGCAGACAUUUUCAUAGGUGUGGUUUAUUAUCAGCGUUUGCGCCACAUGGUCUCAGACAAAUUCCAAGUUAGAACAACAGGAGCCAGAGACAAGGUCACAAACCAGCCUAUUGGUGGAAGGAACGUCCAGGGUGGAAUCCGUUUUGGCGAAAUGGAACGGGAUGCUCUUCUAGCUCAUGGCACAUCUUUUCUCCUUCAUGACCGACUCUUCAACUGCUCUGAUCGAUCGGUAGCACAUGUGUGUGUCGAAUGUGGUAGUUUACUUUCUCCGCUGUUAGAGAAGCCACCUCCUUCUUGGUCUGCUAUGCGUAACAGAAAAUACAACUGUACUGUAUGUAACCGCAGUGACACUAUCGACACUGUUUCUGUGCCUUAUGUUUUCCGGUAUUUUGUAGCCGAACUGGCAGCUAUGAACAUCAAAGUGAAACUGGAUGUUGUUUAACUUGUUACGACCUUUGGAUUAAAAGAUCUUUCAGAUUACAGCAAAAUGUAACUCCAAUGAAGCAGUUGUUUGGAGUUUUUCAAUAUUUAUAGGAUUUCCAGACUAACUAUGAUAUAACUGAAGUUGAUUUUUUUUUUUUUUUAAACCAGAGGAUUGUUCAGCUCUGGCUUAUGGUAGUGUGGGGGAUUGAACCUGGGACUCUGGAGCCCCAGGCAUGAGAGUCUACAUAACCAUUAUGCUAUCUACCCUCCGCCCACUAUUUUAGAUUUUAAAAAUUUGCAUUAGUAAAUGAAUAUAUAGGGAAGUUUCUUUUCCAAUUCCAGGUUUUCUGUUAUCCUGCCUUCAAACGUUUGUGUAGAAGAGUAUCUCAGUGCAAGUGUAAUACAAGUCUAUAUUUUCUUAUUCCUUCAUUAAAAUACAAAAGGCUUUAUAAAUAUUUUUACAGAUUUAUUGAGGUAUAUGCUUGUUAAACAAAAAAAACUUCCUAUUAAGUUUGUAUAACUUGAUAGGUUUGAACCAUAUACUCCUGAAAGUCAGGGUCUGUCCAUUACCUCCAAAAGCUUCCUCAUGCCUUUUUUUUUUUUUUUUUUGCCUCCAGGGUUAUCACUGGGGCUUGGUGCCUGCACUGUGAAUCCACUGCUUCUGGAUGCCAUUUUCCCCCCAUUAUUGUUGCCCUUGUUAUUGUUAUUGCUGCUGCUAUUGUUGGAUAAGACAGAUAGAAAUCGAGAGAGGAAGGGAAGAAAAAGACACCUGCAGACCUUUUUCACCACUUGUGUGAAGUGACCCCCGUACAGGUGGGGAGCCAGGGCUUGAACUGGGAUCCCUACACUCGUCCGUGUGCUUCACACCAUCUGCGUUUAACCCACUGUGCUACCACAAGCCCCCUUUGUUUUUGUUUUUAUAGUACAAACAGUGAACAUGAAUUAUACUGUCUUAACAAAAUAUGAAGUGUACAACAAAUACAGUGUUGUUAACUAUGGGCCAGUAUUAUACCAAAACUUAGACUUUGUUCAUCUUCUAUAACUGGAGCUUUAUUGACUGAAGAACAAUUCCCAUUUCCCUCUCUACCAGCCCCAUAUGAUUAUCAUUCUACUCUCUUUGAGUUUGACUAUUUUAUAUUCUAGAUACUUGAUGAGAGUUCAUGUUGUAUUUGUCCAUCUGUGAUGUGAAUUUCACUGAGUAUAUACUGUCUUCCAGGCUAAUCCACUAUUGCAAAUGUCAGAUUGUGCUUCUGUUUAAAAGACUUAAUAUGCUAUAUUAUAUGUAGACCACAUUUUCUUUGUUUAUUCAUUUGCUGAUGAACAAUGAAGGUGUUUCUAUGUCAGAAAUGUUUAACAUCAAAAUUUCAUUUCAACACAUAAUAUGAGAUCUGAGAUAGUUUCUAUUUUUAUAUUAAAUCUAUAAAAAUAAAUUUUUGUCUUCUAUAUAAUA